GCCGGGGCGCGGGUGGGAGGGCCGGCCGGGCGAGCCAGCCAGCCAGCCAGCCACCGGCGAUCGGGCAGCGGGGUGGGGUUCGCCGCUGCAGCCGCCGGAGCUGCCUCUCUCCCGAGCGCACCAGCCGCCUGGCACGGGCGAGCCUGCCCGCCCGGCGCGGCCCCCGGCGGAGCAGUGGCCCCCGCAGCGCCGGCCUGGCCGCCCCGUCCCUGGCUGCCUCCGCGCGGGUGGAUGCGGGGCCGGGCGCCGGCCGGCGGCCGAAGCUGAGCGGCCGCGGAGGAAGAUGGAGUGCGCCCUGGACGCGCAGAGCCUGAUCAGCCUCUCGCUGCGCAAGAUCCACAUCUCGCGCACGCAGCGCGGCGGCCUCAAGCUGCACAAAAACCUGCUGGUCUCCUACGUGCUCCGCAACGCCCGGCAGCUCUACCUGAGCGAGCGGUACGCCGAGCUCUACCGCCGCCAGAGCAGCGCCCUGCCCGGCCAGCCGCACCCGCACCCGCUCUACCCGGACGGCGGCGCGGUGCCCUUGGCCGGGCUGGCCCCCGCGCCCGGCGCCUGCGCUCCCCCGGCGCUGGGCGAGCUGGCCGGCGCGGAUUUCCAGCCGCUCCCCGCGGCCGCCGGGCCGGAGGGCCUCCAGCUGCGGAGCUGCGCGCUGGCCCGGCCGGGCGAGGGCCCCCCGCCGCCGCCCGCCGAGGACGCCCUGGGGCUGCCCGGGCCGGCGGGCGUCUGCCGGGAGCCGGCGCUGCCCUUCUACGCGCCGCGCGCCGCGCCGCCCUGCACCUACGCCGGGUCGGGCGCGGGCGGCGGGGGCGACUUCGGCGCCUCCUGCCUGGCCGGCGCGCCCUCGGGGCCCCCGGGCCCGGCGCACUGCUCCAGCCGCACCACCGUCCUGGACCUGGACACGCACGUGGUGACCACCGUGGAGAACGGCUACCUGCACCAGGACUGCUGCUGCGCGCCCUGCCCGCCAGGCGGCCUCGUGCCCGCCGCCGCCUCCGCCGCCUCGUCCGCCUGCUGCUGCCCGCCGCCGCCGCCCAGCCCGGGCGCCAAGCGCAAGUACGAGCCCGCGGGCGGCGCUGGGGAGCCGCCGCUGCCGCCUCCGCCGCCCGGCGCGUCUUCGCCCUUCGCCCCCUGCGCCAAGCGCGCCCGCUUCGAGGGCUUUCCCGCCGGGCAGGCGCCCGCGCCCUCGCCGCCGCUGCCGCUGCCGCUGCCGCCGCCCUCGCCCCCGCCGGACGCUUCCAACAUCUGCAGCCUCAUCUCCAUCUUCGGCUCCAGCUUCAGCGGGCUGGUGAGCCGGCAGCCGCCGCAGGCGCCGGCGGACUCGGAGCAGCUCUCGAGCGGACAGCUGUGCGGGAAACAGGCGCUGGCCAGCCUGGGGGCUUGGACGCGGGCCAUCGUGGCCUUUUGAGAGCGGCUGGGGGCGGGGGGGCUCUCCCCGCCGCUCGGCCCCCUUUGGGACGGCGGGGCGCAGCCGGAACGGAACGGGGUGGGAGCGAUCCCGAAACAAAGACUGGAGGGGGGGGAAGGCAAGAGUUGGGGAGGGGGGGACGAACCAAGCGAAUGUUUUAUAAAAUUGUACCAUAGACUUUCCUUCGGAGAUUUCAGCUCUUUAUUUUUGCAGCGAGCGGACGAGGAGAUGCGAACCUAUUUAGGCACCGACGAAACGGAAGACGAGCGAAUAAGUUUCUUUUGUUUCUUGACUCCAAGCGCGUUUGAGUUGUAGGGGGUUCCUCUCUCUGGUUUCCAAGCCUUCUUUAAUUUUCUUUUUAGGGGGGGGGCUAGCUCGGAUGCCGCAUAGGGGAAGAGGAGAAGAAAACGAGAUUUGAUUUGGGGAGAUUGGUCCCGCAAGGGUUUAUCCUGCCUACUGGGGGGUGGGAGACCUAAAACUGGAAAAAGGGGGCUCUGGUUUAAUCUUUCUGCAAGGCAGGUGAUCCAUUUCCUCAACCCAUCUUCUAAAAAUCCCCCCUCAAAUGGGAGGGGAUGAUAUUUUGCAUUUCCAGCCUGUAAUGCUGGGGUGGGAAAUAUUUUUUAAAAGCUUCCCAAAGGCCAGGGUGGGUUUACUUUGAAAACUGCUCCUUUAAAAUGCUGGAUUUUCAGGGAUUUCUUUCUGGAGUCACUUCCCCCAUCUCAAAUGUGUGCAUUUCUCCACUUCUUCCCAGCAACUUGGGACUGGGGGGGGGGGGUCCACCUUUAUUGGAUGUGGGCCUCCCCCUUUUAAAAAAAUCCCGAAUGUUUUAUGGUGCAAAAACAAAACAAAACAAAAUAUGUUCAGCUACAGAGAAUGCAGAGGGUGAUUUCUUAUUAAUUUACUGUGUUGGAGAUUGUUGCUAUUUUUCCCUUGCAUGAACACACAGUCUGCACCCUGGAAGUAUGUCACUUGCAGAUGGAUUUUGGGGAGGUAACAAUUCCCAUCAUGCACAGCUGUCUGCUUCCCUCCCCUCAUCCCAAGGGAGGUGCAGGAGAGAGCAAAACAACUCUGCAGCCUCACGCAUUCACUAUUUCAAUGUCUUUCACUGUGCUGGAUGACUUUUUCCUCCAAAAUUUAGAAAACUCAAUCAGCCAGCAUUGUUCAGUCAGUCCUAUGUGCAGGAAAAAUUAAAGUCUGUGUUUCUGUAACCCUUUUCAUUUCUUGGAGGGAGGGGAAAUGAAUUUGUGUUCUUUUUUAUGAUGGUUAUUCAAGGGAAGGGAGAAAAUAGCCUUUUGUUGUAAAAAGGUGGCUUUUUUCGGUCUGCCAUCCACUUCACAUUAAGCACUGUGUAUUGAAGGACGCAUUGCCAAACAAUUAUUUUUCCCCUUUGUAUCUCUGUAUAUUUUUGUGUGUGCGCAUACUGAAUUGUAUAUCACCGGGUAAAACUGUUCAGAUUUGUUUAAAUUUAUAAUCUUAAUAAAAAGGCCAAUUAUAAAAAGUUA